AAAGUGGGCAUCAAAACGCUUACCGGUGAACUUAUCGUCAUAGAUCAUCUGGAUUUUUCAGAGACAGUUGAACAACUCAAACUGAGAAUUUAUAAUGCUGGAGGAAUACCUCCAGAUCAACAACGAUUAAUUUUUGAUGGCAAACAACUUGAGGAUGACAGGCGAUUAAGCGAUUAUAGGAUUAUGAAUGAUUCUACAUUGUUUGUGGUACUCAGACUACGAGGAGGC